GUUGUAGCAGGCUUGAUGGAUUGGCAUUGGUGUGGACCAAGUUGGCAAUACUGUGUACACCAGACACCUCUCCCUACAGCUUACCCCCUCUGUACCACCCUGUGCUUGGUGAUGUUUGCCCAUGUCACCCACAGCAACCCCACCAAACAAGCUAUACCCCCUAUAAUGAAAGACCAGCCCUUCCUCGUCUUCUGGAACAUUCCGACUGAGAAAUGCAGCACUCACCGAGGGGUUGACCUCCACCUGGGUGACUAUGGGAUCGUGACAAAUAAAAAUGAAGUCUUUAUGGGAGAGAACAUCACCAUAUUUUAUAUUGCACAAUUGGGCAAGUAUCCCUACUACAUGGGUGACGAUCCAAUUAAUGGGGGCUGUCCCCAGAACGCCAGUCUGAAGGAGCACAGCAAAGCGAUGAGGGUUGAUGUACAGAGGUAUUUAUCCAGGAACUACAGGGGCCUGGCUGUUAUUGACUGGGAAGAAUGGCGACCCCUCUACUGGAGGAACUGGGGCUCCAAAAUCAUCUACAGGAACAAGUCACAGGACAUUGUCCGGGCCCGACACCCAGAAAGCUCUUUCCAGCAGAUAGAGAAGCAAGCCCAGGUGGAGUUUGACAAGGCCGCAAGGCUCUUCCUCAGCAGCACCCUGAAACUGGGCCAGCAGCUGAGACCUGCGGCACUCUGGGGCUACUACCUCUUCCCUGACUGUUACAACUACCAUUACGGGCAUGAAUAUGCCGAGUACGAUGGCCGCUGUCCCGCAGUCGAGAUUAAACGCAACAAUGAUCUGGGCUGGUUGUGGGCACAGAGUAAUGCUCUUUUUCCGUCCGUCUACGUGGAGGAACGGUUAAAGUCUUGCAAACGAGUGAAGCUCUAUGCCAGAUACCGAGUGACAGAGGCCAUGCGAGUAGCACUGAUGUCGGGCUCCAAGUACGCACGGCCUGUCUUCGUAUACACCCGCUCGCACUACGCUGAAACCCUCAAACCUCUGACACAGGUUGAUCUGAUACACACCAUUGGAGAGAUUGCAGCCUUGGGGGCAAGUGGAGUAGUUCUCUGGGGGUCUAUCGACUUCUCCAGAACCACGGAAAACUGCCAGAGUGUGAAGGAUAAUCUGAAAAACAUCCUGGGCCCCUACAUUUUGAAUGUGACAAUGGCCGCCCGUUUAUGCAGUCACAUGCUGUGCAGGAAACAUGGGAGAUGUUACCGCAAGUGGCCCGAGGAUGAUGCCUUCUUACACCUGAGUCGCAAGUCCUUCCACAUGGUGACCCGGGAAAGAAUCUAUGUUAAAGGCCGUCUCAAGUACUCGGACCAGAGGUGGAUUCGAGCCCACUUCCACUGUCAGUGCUACAAGGGCUGGAGUGGUUUACGUUGCAGCCACUUUGAGGAUAGCUCAGUGGCACCUCAUAGUGAACAGUCUGUCUUCACCAUGGCUUUUCUCCCACUGCUGAUGCUGAUCCAGUUCCUCUGCUGA